CGCAACCCGAAGGAACAGUUAGCUGACGAGCUCCGUCUGCGCAGGUCUUCAUCGACUGGUUUCCUAUAGUGAUUUGAUCGUGAGAACCAAGUUUGGAGAAGAAUGGGUCGUGGAGUCAGCAGCGGAGGCGGCCAGAGUUCUUUGGGCUACCUUUUUGGUGGCGGCGAACCUUCGAAACCUACCGGUGAUAGUCCUAACCCUAAUCCCAAGCCUAUUCCGGCAGUAGUCGACAAUAGCAAGCAGGUUCCUGCAGGCAUUACUGGACACACUACAAACAAUUACUUCCGAGCAGAUGGCCAAAACACUGGGAAUUUUAUCACAGAUCGACCUUCUACUAAGGUCCAUGCUGCUCCAGGCGGAGAUUCCUCCCUUGAUUACCUCUUUGGUGAUGGCAAAAAAUGAGGGAGUCUGGUGAGAGCUUCUUCUUAAAAAAAAAAAA